UUGUUUUUCUUUAGAAAAUUCACCAGACUCGUGUUUUGUCUAAGUUAAUUGCACGCUCAGUUAAACUGUAGCGUUUGUAAAAACUGUAUCGUUGUUAGUGUAUAUAAAUAUUUAGGUAAUAUUUCUCAAGUUCUUAUCGUUACCACUGUAUUCAAUGCAUGUUUUUCGAGCCGCCGUUUACUGCUUAUGCAAGACGAACGUAUUUAUGAACCAUCAUACAACUAUGAGAACACGCGCACUUUUAACCAGAACUAUGCCCAAGCGGCCACACCUCAAGAAUCUUGAAAGUUUGAAACAGUUUUCAACUUCAGAACGAAGGCCGGUCAACCCGUUGGUCAUGUUUCUUUUUAAAAUGAAAGGAAUACAGGCUUUAAAGUACGUCUCAAUUCUUUCAGGGCGUUCCUUCCGAAAGCUACAUGACAAACUUCCUGAAGCUAUCCAACGUCAACUCUCACGGCACAAAAUCGCUUUCGGAACAUCAGCUGUGAUUUUAAUGUACAUAGUAUACUACUCUAUAGUCCACUACGACACAUGCCCAAUAACAGGCAGAAAAAGGUGGAUUUCCUUCACAAAAGAUCAGAUUUUGGUUCUAGCUGACAUGGACCGCAAUCAACUAAUGGACGAAUAUGCAUCGAAGAUUAUUGACCAUAAAACACCUCUGUACAAGCAAUGUAAAAGCAUAGUAGAUUCUCUUAUAUCCCACAAUCAGGAUAUUGAUAUUGUUAAAAAGGUAGAUUGGAAACUGACAGUUAUUGAUGAUCCUGAAAUGAACAAUGCCUUUGUUUUACCCAACGGAGAAAUCUUCUUGUUCACUGGUAUGGUUGAUGUGAUGAGUGAUUGGCAGGAGCUGGCUAUUGUUCUUGGACAUGAGAUGUCCCAUGCAAUUCUUGGGCAUGUUCAGGAGCAGCAAAGUUUUGCUGUGUUUGGAGAACUCAUAGUUGUACCACUGCUUGCCUUCAUAUGGUUUCUCCUUGAUGACUUUGCUGCAUUCGUUGUGUAUUCAAUCCAACAGUUCAUGUACCCCAUUAUAUUUGAGCUUGGGUUUAAGCUGCCAUACAGUAGACAGCUUGAAUCAGAAGCAGAUGAAGUUGGUCUCAUGCUUGCUUCUAAAGCUUGUUUUGAUCCAAGAUGGAGCGUGUAUUUGUGGGAUAAACUGGCUUUGAUGGAAGCUACUGAUGCGUUGGUUGGAAAAUCCGAGAUUGAUUUUGAAUUCUCGUCCACACAUCCAAGUCAUGAGAAACGAGCAGUUACAUUAGAAGAACGGAUUCCUGAAGCAAUGAAAAUGAGACUAGAAUGCAAUUGCCCAAACCUUGAGAAGCGAAGUGACCCGCUUGUUAAAGCCCAUGAGAUGAGAAAGUUUGCAGUCAAUAUAAAAGCACAAGUGAAAAUCAAAGAAGAAUUGGAACAGCUCCAAAAACCCAAAAGAAAUGAAUCAGAAUCGAGUGUCGCAUCUAAAGGGGAAGAAGAAAUAAAAUCUUUGCAUAAGAAGCUAGAACUUCUUGAAGAUGAAUACGACAAACUUCUUGCACUUCAUGAUCAAGAGACAAAAUUGUUAAACAUAAAGGAUCAAAAGAAGUCCAUACUGAACAGUUUAUGGUCAGGACUUGUAGGUGUUUUUCUUGGUAACUCAAAAGACUCAUUUGCUUCAUUUAAAAGCAGAAAUGAUACAGCAGACAGCACACAAAGUGUAAAUCCAAAAUUGUUUACUUUUAGAGACAGGUACACGUUUUCUGAUGACUAGUAGUGGCAAAAUUACGGUGUUUUUUUGUCUCUUUGAAUGCCUUUAAAUGCAGGUUAAAAUUUUUUUUCAAGUUCGCCAAACGUCAGUGCAAUUCAUAAUCCAUUUGUUCAUUAAAUAAAACAACCAGCAAACAAUUUUUUUUAUAUUGGAACAACUAUUAUUUUAAGCUGUACUGUUAUUUCAGUGAAAAGUUGUUGUGCCUUUUGGGUAUUUUUUAUCUGUUAAUCAUUGGAGUACAACAUUUUUACAUAUUCUAGAUUAUUGCCGACAAAGGUAUUAAAUUAUCUAUCAUUCUUACCUGAUGCAUUUCUGUUUAGUUUCUUUUCCCAUCUUUAUUUAUUUCUUAACGAUACAGAUAGGAGUUUUCCUUUUUCUUUUUUCCUUGUUGGUUUGCCACUAUCCACAUUUUUGUUUGACCAUUUCUUCCACUGUAACAAAUUAUUUAUCAAUCUAACUUCUUUAUGUGAUUAAAUAUAACACAG